AUGGUGACGCGUUCGGCCACAGUGAGAUAUUCCUAUAAAGCAGUACAUGAGGAUGAACUUGAUUUGGAAGUAGAUGAUGUAAUUGAUGUUCUAGAAGAAGCAGAAACGGGAUGGAUGAAAGGAAAAUUAAGGAACACGGGUCGGGUUGGAUUAUUCCCUACUAAUUUCGUACAUUUCAUUGAUAAAACGACGGGUAUUACUGACACUUUGAAAUCGAACGAUGUGAAAAAUUUUUCGGAUAAUAUUGCUUCAGGUGAUCUGUUGCCCCAAAUGCCUACCUCACGGUUAUCUAUAGCAAGUGAACCACCGGAGAAUCGCGUAAAUUAUCACAUGUCUGAUGCAACAACUCUAGGAAAGAAAGAAGCGAAUGCACGAGCUCGCGUUCUAUUCACGUAUUCGCCAAAACAUGACGAUGAGCUUGCGCUUCGUGAAGUAGGCCAAAUCGUUGGGAUUGUGAGUAAAUCCAAUGAAGAUCCGGGCUGGUUGCUAGCUGAAAUUGAUGGUAGACAAGGGUUGAUUCCAGAUAAUUUUGUUGAAAUUCUAAGGCCAUCUGUUCCUAUCAGCACUAUAAAUUCAGAAACGCAUAAGAUGCCUUUACCGCCAUAUGUGCCAGUGAAACCAAUAUCAAAACCAGUGUCGUCUGGUACUAGUCGUCGUGCUACAACUUCCUCGGUUUUUGCUCAAAUGCAUUCCAGUCUUGCUGAUGCUUUUACGAAACCACCGAAACAGUUCGCUGCUAAGGUUGUGAAAACGGAAGAAGGCUCAGCCGGUGAAGGGCAAACAGGUGAUCGUCUAUCUCACAUAACCACAACUCGACCCAAACAGCCGAACAAAAGACCUCCGUCCACCGUUUUCAGGACGAAAUCGAAUGAAGGUUCAGUUGAUGAUGGCAUGUCGGUGGCAGAAUCAGGAAAAAUUUCGCCUGCAACGUCGUCAACUUUAUCUAGCAGUUAUACACAACAACCUUUAUCAAUAGCACCUUCUAUAAAAUCGGUAAAAGUGCAGCAAGCAUUAUCACCGAAAAACAACAAUGAUAUUGGUGAUGAAUUUGUGUCACGUAGUGAAUAUAAUUGUUUGGUUCAACAGUUCGAAGAAUUACUCACAACAAUGAAUAAAUUUCGGCUCGAAAUGUCGCAGAAAGUCUCCAUGCUGGAAGCUAAAAUUGCCAAACAGUGA